UCAACUUGUUCUGUAAAUGAUUGACAUGUUCAAAUCAUAGUAUCACCUUGAUAAAUGAACAUGCUCCCUCAUUCUUCUUCAAGGAAUUUGAAGCCAUUUCUGUGCUGUCUUUUCUGUUGGAUUGACUUGUGCAUAAUAUGUUCCAAAUGUCUUGGAGAGUGUGCGCAUGCCCAGGUCACUCUUGUUUUCUUUCUUAUGAUUAGAGGUAUUAUCAUUGAAGACAGGAACUGAGUGCUCUUUCGUUGAUGAUUUACAGUUUUUAUUUGCAAGGCUCAACCAUGACAGCUUGCAAGACUGCCACUUUCAAACUCGAGCAGGAGCAAACGGGUUUCACAGUGGAGACUGGAGAGGUUGAAGGAUACCACCUUAUUCCAGGUGAUCAUUCCAAAAUUCCAAAAUCAAUGAAGUCUUAUAUUCCACAAUCAAUGAUUGCCACAGUGCAUCAUCAUUUCAGUACAACCAAAUAAUACGUUCAUACCAAAUCCACCACAUUUAGUUGAAUUGAGUCUCAAAUCAAUUGGUGUGGUAAAUAAAAAUGACCCAAUAAAAGCAGAACAAACCAUUUACUGGGAAAAUGAACUAUUUGAAGUUAACAAAACAAUCCUGAACAUAGUUGUUCAUAACCGGAAGCGUUGUACUUGAACAUAGUAUAUGACCCAAAAUUAACCUAAUGUAUUUUUAAUCUUAACUCACUUCUUUUGUACAACCUUUUUUUAUCUAAUUUCUUAAACGGAAAAUUAUCAAAAUUGUUUAAUUAUGGUUAUUACAUUUAACUCACCUAAUUCUUACUAAUAUAAGAUCAGUAUUUACAAAUUUGUAAUCAACAUUUAUCAUGUUUCACCUAUCUAAAUUUCAAACUAUUCUGAUGAAUGUAUGACAAUCUGAACUAAAAGGCGAACCCCUGCCCGCAUACACGGAAAGACUAUGAGAAGGGAGCGUGUACGACACUCGCUCGUGGGAAGACAACCAAUCACAACUGAGCGUGCGCCCCAGACGUCCUCCUCGGUGUGUUGCUCGGCUCGCUCUCUACGGGUCCCACUAGUCUAGAACCUUCUUGUCUUGGCCAAAUCUCGCUCCAAAUUAAACGUUUUUUUAUUUACUUUUGGGGAAUUAGAUUUUUUUAUUUACUUUUUGGGACUUUUAUAAUUCCAAGGAGGAUUUUACCACUUUUUGACAUUUUCGAACUCCAUUGUGAUGGUCUUAGAGUUCAGCCGGGACGGGGAGUGGCAGUAACGAAGCGGCUGCACCAAUAUUCAACAGAAAGUUCACAAGAAGAGAGCCAUUGACGACUAUGGAUGUUCCUGGUCCAGAGAACAAAAAUGUCUGUAGGCGUGAUAGUGGCAAUGAUGGCGAUAGAAUCAGUUCUCUGCCGCAGAGUAUAAUUGAGCACAUCUUGACCUUUAUUCCAUUACGAGAAACAGUUAAGACCAGUAUCUUGUCAACUGCCUGGAGGAACAAAUGGGUGAAUCGUCCAUCACUCAUAUUCGAUGACCGUUUCUGGACGUCAUUUCCAGUUUUCGAGACAUCUGCUCAGCAUGAGGGGGUUUAUGUGGUCGAUCCUAAUAGGAUCAACAGACUCGUGUUGGAUGUGUUCAGAGUUCUCUGUUACCACAAGGGACCCUUGAAGGAGUUCUCUCUUUCUAUCCCUCAACUGAGCAGCUACCCUGCUCUUGUUGAUCAGAUCUUGCUUUCCUUGCACGAGAAAUGUAUCGAGAGGUUGUGCAUUGAGAUCGAUGGUUACAAGCUGCCUAUUCGUCUCUUCUCAUUCAGGCAGCUCAAGAAGUUGAAGUUGUUUGCCUGCAUGUUCACAUCCUCUCAAAUUUCGUUCGAUCAAUUCAGCGUGCUUACUUGUCUUGAUCUUAGAUCAACCAAGUUCCCGGAUGUUGCUGGGGUUUCUCUCGUCGUUAGAUGCCCAUUGCUGUCGGUUUUGAUUAUGGUAGAUUGUGGCAGUGCAUUCAACCGUCUCGACAUACUGAUUGAAGCACCCAGCCUCAGCCUUUUCCAUUGUGCGGGGAGCUUCAGCUCUUUGCGGGUCAAGGAGGCUCCACUUCUCAAAGAUGUGACCGUCUAUCAGACUGCAAGCUUUGUUGCUCAUCCUAUGGGCACAGAUGAUCCCUCUAAUUUCACUAAAUUAUGCGGUGGUGUCCAGCAGUUGAGCGGCUAUCUAUAACAAUGGGGCUGUUCAAGGUAAAUAUACUACUGCUGUCUUGACCCAUAUUCUUUGAUGUUUUGAGUUGGCACAACUGUUUCUUGCAUUAACUAACUCAUUGGGCAUUACAGGAUUUGGCAGCUUCAAAGAUGAUGGCUCUAACGGCUCCAUUAGCAAAGCUAAUGAUGCUUAAGCAACUCAGGAUGGGUGAAAUGUGUAUCAGCAAUCCGAGGGAUGCCUUGGCUUGUCUUUUGUUAAUGGAACACUCCCCUAACUUGCAAGAACUCAUCAUCGAUGUAAGAUCUUCAACUCCUCUCUUUGUUUGUGUGUGUCCCUCUCUUUCUCUAUUUUGUGCGCAUUAACUGCUGAUGUUCACAGAAAGAAAAAAAAAAGACAUACUGAAUUUUGCUGGAUGUAGUAUUUUGGCUUGAGGAUUUCAUUGUGAAUGUAAGCUACCCCUUGUCUAGGUUUAGUAAGAAUUUGGAAAAAUAAAGGCAGUUUUUUGCUGCUUACUAGUAUUCUUUGAUUCGGAAUUGCAGAACGUGAUAAAGCCAAACCCUUGUGUAGACGUCGAGGUGAGAAUCAUACAGCUGCUGUGUGAAAGCAGGACGUACCAACCAAGUAGGCUGGAGAAAGUUGAAUUGAAUCAGUUGCAGGGUUUAAUAACCGAAAUGUGUUUCAUCCGAUGGUUAUUAUCCGCUUCACCCGCGCUUGACAAGAUGGAGAUAACGUUCUCAGCAAAUUCACUACCUAGCGAACAGAUUUGGAUUCUAAAAGCGUUGAAUGAGUUUCAGCGGGCCUCCAGCAAAGCACAAGUCGUAAUCAAGUGAUCCCACCCUAGUUUCAGUAGCCAUUUUUUCUUGAUCAAUAUAUGUAAUCUCUCUAUGUUGUGCAAUGGAAAGUACUUUUGAUGGCACCUUGUUGUUGUGCAGGCCUGUGACUGUUUUUUGCUUGCCUAUCAAUAUUCAGCUGAUUGUGGAGUUUGCAUUUGUAGUUUUAUACAUAGGAAACAAUGUUCAUUUGGCCACUGCAUUAUCUGCAUAAAUGUAUCCAGCUAAA